CUGAGCUCUGCUCUCCCCUCCCUGCCUCUCACCAGCCCUCUUGUAAGUGAUCAGGCUGUCAACUAGCUUCUCUAGGGUAAGGUUUCAGGUCAUCUGGGGUGUAUAAAGAUAGGUGCCAAGCCUAGGCAGCAGAGACGACAGUGAAUGGCAAGAAGCAGGCAGAUCCUUGCUGCCGCCAUCUGGGAUGGAGCCCUAAGGAGCCUUAAGGAGGCCCCGUGCUUCCCCUACCCUGGCUGGACUCACAGCCUCCUCCCUGCACUAAAGCCCAGGACUACAGAGUGGCCUCCCUCCCUGGACCUCCUCUGGACCCUGCAGGGACUAGGCAGAGCCUUUGGGGACCAUGGUUGGACUAAAGCCUUCAGAGGUGCCUCCCACAACAGCUGUGAAGUUCCUGGGAGCAGGCACGGCCGCCUGUUUUGCUGACCUCCUCACCUUUCCCCUGGACACAGCCAAGGUCCGCCUGCAGAUCCAGGGGGAGAACCACGCAGCCCAGAGCGCCCAGUACCGUGGCGUGCUGGGCACCAUUCUGACCAUGGUGCGCACCGAGGGCGCCCGCAGCCCCUACAAUGGGCUGGUCGCCGGCCUGCAGCGCCAGAUGAGCUUCGCCUCCAUCCGUAUUGGCCUCUACGACUCCGUUAAGCAGUUCUACACCCCCAAAGGAUCGGACUGCUCCAGUAUCACCACCCGGAUUUUGGCAGGCUGCACCACAGGGGCCAUGGCGGUGACCUGCGCCCAGCCCACAGAUGUGGUAAAGAUCCGGUUUCAGGCCAGCAUGUGCCUUGGGCCUCGGAGCGACAGGAAGUACAGCGGGACAAUGGAUGCCUACAGGACCAUCGCCAGAGAGGAAGGCAUCAAGGGCCUGUGGAAAGGAACGUGGCCCAACAUCACAAGGAAUGCCAUUGUUAACUGUGCUGAGAUGGUGACCUACGACAUCAUCAAGGAGAAGCUGCUAGACUAUCAUCUGCUCACUGACAACUUACCCUGCCACUUCGUCUCUGCCUUUGGAGCCGGCUUCUGUGCCACGGUGGUGGCCUCCCCAGUGGACGUGGUGAAGACCCGGUACAUGAACUCGCCCCCAGGCCAGUACCGCAGCCCCCUGGACUGUAUGCUGAAGAUGGUGGCCUGGGAGGGCCCUACAGCCUUCUACAAGGGAGAAGAAAAAGACUGAACAGAUCUCAGAAAAUGCUUGUGACUAACAGAAGGCUGGGCACCAACGCUCCACCUGAUGCUUUGUUGUUUCUCUGACCAGAUUUACACCCUCCUUCUUGCGUUUGGGAACCUGGAAUGUGGUGAUGUUUGUGACCUACGAGCAGAUGAAACGGGCCUUGAUGAAAGUCCAGGCACUUCGGGAAUCUCCGUUUUGAAUGAGACAAGGCCACUCAGUACUUAACUGGAACAAAACCAGUUAAAGCAGUGGGUCCAUGCACACAUGAACACAGACCCACACAUGUUUACAGAACUUUUUCCUUUCUACUGACUCAAGAAAUAGAAGAGGAGGAAGGAUUCUGGUCUUCAGUGCUUUAUCUUAAGAACACCUUUGUUUUGCACUGACAAGAUGAAAAAUAAAUUAUAUUAAUUUAGGUUUGAUGCCUAACAUUUAGGCAUGAGGAAAUGAACCAAAACAGAUCCAUUUGGGUAAAAUGGAAGUCUGCACAUGUAUGUCCCCUAAAAAUAUGAUUAAAUGAUGAAUUAUAAACAGGAAAGACUGCCAGCCCAGGACCACGUGGCAGACACGGCAUACUUGGAAAUCAGCUACGGAGGCUGGACGGACACUGCCAGAGCUACACAGGCUGUGAGCACAGCCUUCAAGUAACCGCAGGUCAUCGGCCAUGUGCGUAAUGUGUCUGCCAGUAGAAUCCACUGGAUUCUAGGAAACGUGAGAAAGAAAAGAGAAAACCUAGAACCUAGGCCAAAGGAGCACUGCUGGGCCAAUGUGAGAUGUUCCCUGACCACUCUGCAGAAUCAAGAGGGCAGUGCCGUCUCCUUUCCUGGGAGUAAUAAUCCCUUCCCUCCUACCACCCCACGGGUGUUAUGAGGAUCAGUGAGAAGCUGCACAGAAAGUGCCUAAAGAGCAAAACCUUGGUAUGAUGUAAGUAAGGACAAUGCCUUUGGGAAGGUUUUGUCAGGAGAGUGGGGAGCUGCCAGGGAAGAAGGUGUUGAAAGACGGUUUUCUGGAGGUGAGACCGAAGGAAGCAGGGGCCAGGGCCAAGGUGACAGAGGGUGAUGUGCAGCUGCAGAAGCCCCGCUCCCAUGCAGCCCCGCUCCAGGGCAGUCUUGAGAGGCACCUGGAAGGGUGUGGGGUUUGGGGGAGAGGGGGUACAUGCCAGCUGACAGCCCCAAGUAGCAAGACUCAGAGUGUUUUGGAAAUUUAUUAUGACUCAAUAAAGAAAUUCACACUUUGAGUGUGGGAAUGAG